UUCUGGAGUCAAUACAAUACCGUGUAAAUUUGCUAGAGGCUCCACCGCACCUUAAAAUGCCAUUUCGCCCCUUCCCAUUUCAGCCACUUCGUUUCCGUUUCGUUUGAUUACUUCAAGGUCCAAAAUCCCCAAUAAUGGAGAUCUGGCUUGUCCUCAUCUUCUCGCUCUGCCUCUGUGCAUCCCUCAAACUAUUAGUCGAUCUCUUUUCUCACAACAAAUCCAAACAUAAGAAGCUCUCUCUUCCACCAGGGCCUCCUAAAGUACCCAUAAUCGGCAGUUUCCUCUGGCUUCAGAGAUCCUCCUUCUCACAAAUUGAGCAAAUCCUCAACAAUCUCCGCCACAAAUAUGGCCCUAUCGUCACCCUCCACAUCGGGUCACGACCAUCGAUCUUCAUCACCAACCACUCCCUUGCCCAUCAAGCCCUCAUUGAGAACGGUGCCACCUUUGCAGACCGCCCACCGGGCAUGUCCCCUAUUCGCUUCAUCAAAAGCAACCUAUACACCAUCAACUCCGCCUCCUAUGGCCCUAUGUGGCGGCUCCUCCGCCGGAAUCUCACCUCCGAGAUCUUCCACCCUUCACGGGUUAAAUCCUUUGCUCAAGCUCGCAACUGGGUCUUGGAGACGUUAACUGAGCGGUUGAAACAUCAUGUUGAAUCUGGGGAACUCGUCCAAGUGAUGGAUCAUUUCCAAUAUGCCAUGUUUUGCUUGCUAGUCUUCAUGUGCUUGGGAGAAAAGCUCGAUGAGAAAGUCAUCAGAGAGAUCGAAGAAACACAGAGGACCAUUCUUCUCAAUGCGGGAAGAUUCAGAGUAUUUGCUUUGUUUGGAAAAUUGGGGAAAAUAGUCUUUAGAAAACGCUGGCACCAGUUGCUUGAGAUGCGCCGCAGACAAGAAUCUGUUUUCAUUCCUUUAAUUAGAGCCCGCAGAGAAAGAAAGGAGAAGAAACAAGAGAACCCAAAUGAAUUUGUAGUCUCUUACGUCGAUACACUAAUUGAUCUUCAAAUCCCGGACGAAGGAGGUCGAAAUCUCUCCGAGGAAGAAAUGGUGACUCUCUGCUCCGAGUUUCUAAAUGCCGGUACCGACACGACAUCUACAGCAUUGCAGUGGAUCAUGGCAAACCUGGUGAAGAACCAAGAAAUCCAAGAAAGGCUCUAUUCUGAAAUCCAAGGAUUUGUCAGUUCAGGAGAGAAGAAGAUUAGAGAAGAGGAUUUGCAGAAGAUCCCAUAUUUGAAGGCGGUAGUGUUGGAAGGGUUGAGGCGACACCCACCAGGCCAUUUCGUGCUGCCACAUGCUGUCACUGAAGAUAUUGUGUUGGACGGACAUGUUAUACCAAAGAAAGCUACGGUGAAUUUCAUGGUUGCUGAGAUGGGGUGGGAUCCCAAAGUCUGGAAAGAUCCAAUGGAGUUCAAGCCAGAUAGAUUCUUGAGCAAGGAGGGAGAAGAAGUAUUCGAUAUAACAGGGAGUAGGGAGAUUAAGAUGAUGCCAUUUGGUGUAGGGAGGAGGAUUUGCCCUGGAUUAGGGUUAGCCUUACAUCACUUGGAGUAUUUUGUGGCCAAUUUGGUCAGGGAUUUCAAAUGGACGGCUGUGGAUGGUGAUGAUAUUGAUUUGUCAGAGAAGCAAGAGUUCACAGUCGUGAUGAAGAACCCAUUGCGGGCCAACAUCUUACCAAGGGUAGAAUAAGAGACCAUCACAUUGGUUCAAUUAUAAUUCUCUUCUUUCUGCAUGUAGAAUAUCCAUAUUUGAUACGUCUCCUAGGAGAAUUUGUGUCUAGAAAAUAUUCGAAUCUAUCGAAAACUAAACAGACACGAAUAUAGUUACUCUAA